CACUCGCAGCCAGACUGAGGCACAGUGGAGACCUCUUGUCAAGUUUCUGUCUGACCCUCAGAGCAUCGGCAUUUUAACAGUUUAGGUUCAUACAAAAAAAAUAAUUUUUUUUACUCGUGCACCUGGCUCCCCGUGUUUGUUUGUGUCGUUGCUUUUAAAAGAAUCUUCAAUGGCAGUCCUUUAAAUUAUUUGACCUUUUCAGGACCAGAAACUUGGCAUCAUCAUCAUCAUCACCACUGUGUGUACUGCAGUCUGACAAGCGUGACGCAUGGACACUGCCAGGGCGCACACGUCUCAUUGAGAAACUUAUUUUUCUUUUCUUUUCUACUAAAUUAUUUUUUUCCUUUUUCCAUAUAUUUCAGUAUUUUUUGAGGAUGGUCGUCUCUGCUUGGAAUAGAUAUUGUGUUGUAGUGUUUCUCGUCACUGCGCUCAGGACUGGGACAUCCCAGGUAUCAGAGGCGCGCCCGAAGGCGAAUUCCAUCAAACCCGGUCAGUUGGAAGAAAUACCGACACCGGCAACCAACCGAUCUGCAACAGUCACCAAGAAACACAACAUCCAGGUGUACCCUUGCAGCAAUGACAAGGAGUGCAGCGUGGGCAGCUACUGCCACAGCCCUCAACAGGCUCCUUCUCGUUGCCUCACCUGUCGCAGGAGGAAGAAGCGCUGUCAUCGAGAUGCUAUGUGCUGCCCUGGCAACCGCUGCAGUAACUUCAUUUGUGUCCCCAUCUCUGAGAGCGUGAUCUCGCCUCACAUCUCACCAUUAGAUGAACAUAUCAAGCUCUCCUCCAAAGACCACGGCUGGAAGGGUGGGAAGAAUGGAAAGGGACAGGCCAAGCAUUCUCUAAAAGGUCACGAGGGUGACCCAUGCUUGCGUUCUUCCGAUUGCUCGGACGGCUACUGCUGCGCCCGCCAUUUCUGGACAAAAAUCUGCAAACCGGUGCUGAGGCAGGGAGAAGUGUGCACCAAGCAGAGGAAGAAAGGCACUCACGGCUUGGAACUCUUCCAGCGCUGUGACUGUGCCAAGGGCCUCUCCUGCAAGGUGUGGAAAGACGCCACCUCUUCGUCCAAGUCCAGACUCCACAUGUGCCAGAAGAUCUGAAGCAGAAGGCAGCUGUUGUCGGCUUAAAGGCCUCCGUCUCCAUGUGUGAGGGGAUUUUUUUUUUAAGGAUGGGUUGUGGCGGUACUGAAAAGAAGGAAAAGACAGAGACUGACAAGAGACAGAACAGAUGCGGCUUCAGGCUCGCUAUUCUGCAAACGGAGGGCAAAUGGGAAUGCUUUAAUGUGUUCUCUGUGAGUGGUCCAUCCCUGCACCCCACAUAACAACCACGCACCCUCACACACACGCACACACACAAACACACACAAACACACUCACGGUUUUGAGAGAUUAGUGAGCUUAUAG